CACGAUCACCAACUUGAGGAAUGGGGGAGAGAGUCGUGGUGCGACCAAACUUCACCAAGCAUAACCACUUGUUGAAUAAAGAGACACCUGUAAACAAGUGAAAGGCAUCCCGCGCUACAUUGCACGUCGCCGGAGCUCUCUGCAACGACGGUUGAACAUCGGGGAAGGAGGAAAAGAACAGAAACUUAUUUUCCUUCAUCGCUAUGGAAACCUUAGGGUCUUCUGCGACGAUCAUGUCUUCAUCUUCGCCUCUCUCGAUUUUCUCUCCAAAAAAGAAAUUCUUGACCAAGCCUCUUCGGUUCCCCAUCGCCUCCAAGAAUAAGGACGGCGACGCCGAACAAACGAAUUCGAACGAAAUGAACAUCGUUCCCCUCUUGAACAAUCGCAUGCCCCUUUCCCCCCUUUCUAAGGAUGCUGCGAUGGGUUUGGUUCUGAGUGCGGCAGCGGGCCGAGGAUGGACUACGGGUUCUGGGAUGGAAGGUCCCUCCGUUCCUGCUGGCGCGGAAUCUGAGUCCAGCACCGAGAAGAUCUCGACCUUCCCAUGGUCUCUUUUCACUAAAUCGCCUCGUCGGAGAAUGCGCGUGGCCUUCACCUGUAACGUCUGUGGCCAGCGAACUACUCGUGCCAUAAAUCCUCACGCCUACACCGACGGUACCGUCUUCGUGCAGUGUUGUGGAUGCAACGUGUUCCAUAAGCUGGUCGAUAAUCUGAAUCUCUUUCAUGAGAUGAAGUGCUACGUGAACCCGAGUUUCAGUUACAGGGAUCCGAACGGAGAUGUUAGCUUCAAGUACCUGGACAUGGAUGACGACAAUGAUGAUGUUUUCCCUAUCCUAUGAGGUUGAAGGGUGGCUGUUAGACGGUGUGUACAUUCAUGUAACUUUGUACUGUCGAUGCAUUGUUAGCUUAUAUCAUCGCCAUUGUAAAUAUUCCAUGUUUAUUAUUUAUGUUCAUAUAUAAUUAUAGUCCAUAUUGUGGUAUGAGAUUAUUCUAGAUAGGCCUUAGAUAAAUUGCUGGAGAAUAUUUCCUGUCUAGAUAGUUGGCGUCUUUGACUUUGUGUUCAUCUGUAUCAUCGUUUCCUUUUAUUGGUCCUUGGGGUUGUGUUGCUCAUUUGCUUUCUUCAGGAAGGACAUAGUGUCAGUGUACUUUUUGAAGAUUUAGAUUCUCUA